AUGGCUUCAAGACAGCCAUUCCCAGAAAAGCGAGCAAGACCCAAUACGAGAGUAGUUUUCCUCGCGAUCGCAAUCUCAUCUGCUCUCAUAAUCCUCUCCGCAGUUGUGUAUUACCUCUACAAUCUUUGGUAUUCAUUACUCCAGAAAUCGAGAACCAGCCCAUUUGAUGCUGGCUCGCCGUUGAACAAGCUCCACAAGUUCAGCCAUAAAGAAUUAAAGAGCGCCACCAAUAAUUUCAGCGUCUCAAACGCCAUAGGAAAAGGCGGCUCCGGCACCGUCUUCCGAGGCAUUUUGACCGACGGUAAAUUGGUGGCCGUCAAACUUCUCGACUCCAAUCUGCUCCAGAGCGAGCAGGAGUUUCAGAACGAGUUGAAAAUUCUCGGUGGGUUAAAACCUUGCCCUUUGAUUGUUAAUUUAUUGGGUUUUUGUGUGGAGAAAGGCAAGAGGCUGUUGGUGUUUGAGUAUAUGCCUAAUAGAAGCCUUCAGGAAUCUCUGUUUCUUCAAGAUUCAAAUAAUAGUAGUAAUGAUGGGGUAUGUGAUGAUUUUGGUUUGAAUUAUUUGAAUUGGGGCAUGAGGUUUAAUAUAAUUCUUGAUGUUGCCAAGGCACUCGCUUUCUUGCAUCUCGAGUGUGAGCCUCCUGUGAUCCAUGGCGAUGUGAAGCCCAGCAAUGUGUUGCUAGACUCUGAGUUCAGGGCCAAGCUCUCGGAUUUCGGAUUGUCAAGAUUGAAGCUCGAGGGUGAAGUAGGGGUCGAUUUGUUUAGCCAAGAGCUUUCUGGUAAUUUGAAUGCCGUCGAAGGUUUUGGUGAGGUUGAAAUUGAAAACGAGAGCCAAGAAAACAAUGAAGUGGAUUUCGCCUUGGCUCUGCAAGCUUCUAAUUCUUCAAAAAAUAGUUCCAAACUUCAGCAUAGUUCGACGGGGUUGGCUAAAAAUUUCAAUUUUAGAUGGGAGUGCGGUAAUAACAAUUCGAAGGGAAAGGAAUUCGUUCCAUAUGACGAUCACGAGUUGAGUAGUGAGGACCAUAAUAAAGAGCUAAGCUUAAAUGCUGGUGAAGACAUUAGUAGCAAGCAAUGGGGGAAGGAUUGGUGGUGGAGACAGGAGGGUAGUGAGGAAUUGAGCAGCAAGGAGUAUGUGAAAGAGUGGAUUGGGAGUCAAAUAUGCCCUGAUCCCGAUAUUCCCGAUUGGGAGGAGGCAACUACAACCCGGGAGAAAACGAGCUCAAAAAAUGACACAAAAUUGGAAAUCCACACAGAAAACAACAAGAAUUUUAGGCAAGAAUCUGGGUUCGAGCGUCCUAAUGAUGGCGGGGAGAAGGAAAAUCCAAAUCCAAAUAGGUGGAGAAAAGCUCGUUCAGAAAAUCACCGGAAGAUGCACGAGUGGUGGAAGGAAGAAAAUCUAGACAACAUCUCCAAGAAGAGUAAAAAGACGAAAAAGGUCAACAACUUUCGCCCUCAUUUCGGUCCGGGCAAGUGCUUCUCGUUCAGAAGAAUGAGUCAACAAAACGAGAAUGACGAAGACUGUCGGAACCCGGAGUUCAGUUUCCGAUUGGGUCGGAAAAAGAAAGAAAAAAGUAAUUCCCCCGGAGAUUUUUUUAGUCGGGAGUUGAGUAGCACGACCAGCAUGAGAGGCACAUUGUGCUAUGUCGCACCCGAGUACAAUGGGUACGGAUACCUAAUGGAAAAGGCGGAUAUUUACAGCUUAGGUGUUCUGAUUCUUGUUGUUGUGUCGGGUAGAAGGCCGCUGCACGUGCUUUCCUCGCCAAUGAAGCUGGAGCAGGCCAACUUGAUUAGCUGGGCCAAGAGAUUGGCGUAUUCGGGGAAUGUACUGGAGCUUGUUGAUAAGCGGUUAAAGGAUGAGUACAAUAGGGAAGAAGUGAGCUUGUGUAUUAAUUUGGCGCUCAUGUGCUUGCAGAAGAUGCCCGAGUUGAGGCCCGACAUUGGGGACAAGAUGCCCGAGUUGAGGCCCGACAUUGGGGACGUUGUCAGGGUUCUCAAGGGCGAAAUGGAGAUUCCGUACCGGCCGUUUGAGUUCUCACCUUCGCCUCCUUCGAGGCUUUUAAGCAGCUCAAGAAAUGGCGGUUUAGAUUAUUAG